AGUUGUGUUAUAGUAGAUCAGGUCGGAACACAAUGGAAAGUCUCUGGUACAGGUCGAGCAUUACUGUGCCGUCUCGGUUUCAUCUGUUACCCCUAAGUGACCUCUGCUAUGCCGUCAUCCUCGUUGUUGAUCUUCUAAUUGAGCUCCAUCGUCGUUGAAUCGGAUCAGGAACCAUGUGAGAUGAUGCGCCGAGUUAUUUUUUGUUUGAUAUCCUUCUUAGCAAAAGAUGGACGAGCUGCAGAGUCCGCCGCAUCGGGCAAAGACAAUGUGGAAAUUAUCAUUGACGCAGGGAGCACCGGCUCGCGAAUGUAUCACCCUUGCUCACGAAGAAAUAUUUUUGCUCAUGAUGCAGACCUUCUUGAACAGUGUGCUCGAGUCUAAUCAAGGUUUUUUUCCAAGUCUUGAAAGGGCGACGGGGCGGUUAUGUGUCCCACAUGAGCAUUUUGAGAAAAAUUAUGAUGCGGAAGUAUCAGCACGACACGGCUGAAUAAAAAAGUGCCAUACCGACCAUUGUAUCGGAAGUCCUCUAGCACAACGUUGGUAGGAUAAUUUCUCGGUGUUAAGGCAGUAGACGGGGUUUCACUAAAGAAUUAUAUCUUCAGGUACGUGUUCCACACUGGAGCGGAUGGCACGCUUGUCCACUCGAAAAUGGUGGGCAAGAAAAAGCCGGGGCUUUCGAGCUUCGCGGAGACACCAGGGGGUGCACUAGUACCGCUGCAGUCACUCUUUUCAAAAUUUCUUGCAGAGGAGGGUCCGCGUUUCGGCGGCAGCACCAUCGACGUGAAGAUUUUCGGCACUGCAGGAAUGCGACUUUUAUCAGGUAAUUCACAUGAAAACUGAAUAACAGUAGUAUCAAGAAACGUUGCACGGGAGUAAUUUUUUUCAUUUGCCGCGGCACCCUCGAAAUUUAUUACUGACAUCAGAUUCCAUGUUCAUGCUCACGCAUACAUAUCAUGUCGUUCUUCAUCAUCUGCUCUUCUUGGAACGAAUAUUGCUGCGGAGAUUCUUAAAGAUCUUUUUCUUUCCUCUUGACCUGCCAGACGAAAAGCGGAGCAGUGUGUGGAGGGCAGUGGGUGACGGUUUGAACUCUUAUUUCGUUCGGAGAGACGAUUUGCAGGCGGAACAUGACAUUACGUUUAAGUUGUUGAAAACGGAGACCAUAGCCGGCGAGACCGAGGGUCUCUUCGCGCUGAUGGGGGUUAACUACUUGGUGCAACAGACAAAAACCGGCGCGCAACCUUGUGAGCGCUACGGAAUGCUCGAUCUUGGAGGUAGCAGCACGCAAAUAGCCAUACCGUCUGACUGCAACCAUAUUACUAGCGGAAAUAGCUUUGUUCGGAGCUUUCCAGAAUCCGGGAUGGAACUCACCAGAGCACUUGUACAACUCCUGCUACAAGCGAAUUUAUCUAACAUCUGGGUCUCCAUGUGCUAUCGGAAGUAGAAAUCGCACAGCUUUCUCUGGAAACAUCAUCUUCUUCAAUAUUCGCUUAUAGUCGGAGAUGCUAAAAAAACGGCACUUUCAUUGAAACUUCGAGAUACAAAUUUUUCAGAUCUUCCAAAAUCCACGAUUGACUGGUACCUCCAAGGAGUCGCAAGAUCGACACCUUUUCUAGAGUCUACACAGGUAAAUCGAAUGUUCACGCCCACGCAGCGUCGCAGUUGUUACUUUACGGGGUACGAGACCAGCAGUGGUGGGGCUGAUGCGCGUCCAUGCUAUGGUAAAAGAGAUUCUCUGGUUGCCACAACCAGGCUGGUUUCCACAAGCAGGUGGCUAUCUUGAUCCAACAGCAGGUCUGACGUGUCACUAAAAUGUUUCUUGUUGGAUCUUUUAUUUCAUCGUAGCAAGAACUACAAACGAUUGUUAAUGAGUCCCUCGAGAACUUGUUGAUCUAUAAUCUCGUUUGCCUCCUCUAUUCACAGAAUUUGUUGUUUCCUAACUCCAUAGACCUCGUGCGAGAGGCGAUGCAGAGCGAGCCCGGAUCGCCAUAUUAUAGUUCCGAGGACUUUCGAAAACUUAGCACGUCAAAAUUGAGUUUUGUGGCAGUUUCGGGUUAUACCUAUGUUACCUCCUUUGCGAGUUGGCUCCUUGCAAAGCAUGCACCCGAACUAGCGUUUGUUGCGUCUUAUCCGGCUCCGAUGCUCUCGGCAAUUAAAGAGGCUGCUACACAGAUAUGUGCAUUGCCUUGGUCUGAGGUCGAAAAGGAGCUUGGGCAUGAGUUUACAGGACGCAGCAAGUUGCCGCACAGAUGCUUCGAGGUUCAUUUUUCAAGCGCUGCUUGUUCAACAUCAUGACAAACAAAUGGUCUUUCGUUAAGAUGAAAGUGUGUAAGUAAGCCAUGUUGCUCCAGUCUAUUUUCAUGCCUCUUGCGUCGAGUUACUUCAUGACUCGAAGUUAUGACUUCACUCGUUAAAUCUUGGCUCAAUGGAGGUCGGGCGAUCGGUCGUCUUUGGCGCUUUCGGCGCUAUUUGACUUGGUGGCAAAUUAUGCCACCGAUUCAGCCGCUUAUGGCUUUGUGUGCCAUAAGUUUACGUGGUACCUAGUGACUGAUCUAUUUUUAUUACAUAUUUAUUUUUCUCUUCCUACUCUUCUUUUACAGAUGAACUAUAUUUGGACGCUGCUACACGUUUACAUGAGCGGGUGUGAUGACUGCAAGAACAUCAAUUUCACCGAGGAGAUAAACGGGAGCGAGGUCGAGUGGCCUAUAGGCGCGUGGCUUUAUUUCUCAAAGCAACGAACCAUGUCACAACACCAAAAGGAGGAACUCUAGCGAACUCCAUGUAGUGAAGGUUCGGGUAGCAAUCAAACGGACUCAUAAGGAAUGAGCCUCAGAGGAUGAUGCGACGCGGAGUACUAGACCGCCUUUGAAGGACCUCUGCGUGCCGGCGUGGAAGUAUUAGCGACGCCCCUCGCGGCAGGAAGAAUUUCAAAGUCGUGUAUCAAAAGAUUAUAGACUUCAUCCUGGACCGACACGUGGGGGGUGGAGGGUUAAUUUUUUGUGCGGCACAGCCGUAGUGCACGACACAGGUACAGUCAAGACCAACCCUGCGAUUCAUUAUAGGUCACCAAUCAAAAGUACGGCGGCCUUCUAUCAUUUGACAUUUUACCUCGUGAAGCAUCAAAGACGUAUUUUAUUGGAAAUCCAAGAAGCGCCAGCGCGGUAUUAAUAAUUUCAACAACAAGUAGAGCAAAAAUCUACGAGAUGAAAAUGAUACAUCGCUUCAGCAAUGUCAACGCAAAUCAUGAAGAUGAACGCAUGCACUUUCUCUGUCUCUCACCAUAGACCCCAAGCAAGUCUCAAAGCUUUUUACGCGCCCCCACAGUUUCUCGUGGCAUCCCCAGCACCAUUCUUCUGAGUUCUUGCAGGAAAAGGAAAUGUUGACAAUCAGGAAAUAGUAAGAGGAGUCUGCCCUCGAUGAAAU